UGGGACGUUUCUGCGAUAGUAAAUGAAGCUGGCCUCGACGAACUUCUGUUGGACCAGCGCGACAGGUCGAUCCUCGCUGCUGAUGCUACACAACAUCCAGUCCGUCAGCCAAUCAAGGUCUCCAAUCGGGUACCCCAGGGGUUCUUCGAUGGCACACCACAUCGUGCUCACUCUUCUGCGCGACUCGAUCCCCACAAUACGCCAUCCCGACGCAGCAUUUUUUACUGGGCUCGAAAUAUUUUCUCUGCCGGACCCAGUAGAGCAGAGAUCGAGUUGCACGAGCGUGGCUCAGCGGUCGCCGACGUUCCGUAUGCCAAGGGCAAACGCAGGAACGCAUCGGCACGAGAAAAAAGGAUGAUAAUCAUUCCUUUGAAAUCCAAGAAUACUGCUGCAAGCACCUCAUGUCCCUCAAAUAGCAAUGCCACGCAAUCCAGUGGUGCGGCUCAGGCUCAGUCUUCUUCGCAACUACAUGCUACCGCCUCCACCUCCGCCGCACAUCCCGUUGUUGCUAAUACAACUUCGAGCACUAAUCCUCAUGCAACGAUAAAACAUGUUGGACGAUGGACUCGUUUUUGGCUUUUUAUAUGUUGUGCCUCUCCUGAGUAUACCGAUGGUCAUCAUUAAGACUCUACCCGGUUUGUUUUCUCGUCCUUUACAAAAACCUCCAUCAU